AUCGUAACAGCACUUACUCGAUUCUCCACAAUGGCGUUGGUUAUUCCAGCUGUUUAGUAAAUCGAAGUCACUCAUGCCGGUCAUAUGACUUCUUUCUUGUGGCUGAGUUAAAACCAGAAGCGGCUCAGGUUGUUUUUGUUACACUGGCAGAAGGUGAAUGCGCCUUGACUUACCGAAAACAGCAUUAAGAUUCGUCUUUAAAAGCUUUCCGAAGAGCUUUUGAGCGCCAUGGUUUGGUGACAUCCCUUCACUGUCUGAAUCCUCUCCACUGCCAUGUCGCUGCCAAAUGGCUACUCCAUCAACUCGCCGCCUUCUGAUAACAGCGAGGACGAGGAACCCCUCAUCAAGAAUGACCCCGCCAUCCUCAUGUUCCUCGGUUUCUCCGUCGUUUAUGGUCUGCGCGUCAAUCUUAGCGUUGCCAUGGUCGCCAUGGUGAACUCCACCGAUCCUGACACGACCAAGAACAGCUCCGUCAUCCAUGCCUGUCCGCUGCCGUCGGGUGCAGACAACAGCAGCCAGACGUUCCAGCAGCCAGUGGGGAUCCCUCAGUACACCUGGGACUCGGAGACUCAGGGAUGGCUGCUGGGAGCUUUCUUCUUCGGCUAUCUCUGCACCCAGAUUCCCGGGGGCUACCUGGCGGGCCACUAUGGAGGCAGCAUCUUUCUUGGUUUGGGUGUCCUGGGCACAGCUGCCCUUACCCUCCUCACCCCUCUGGCUGCUAAGUGGGGGUCCUACUGGCUGUUUGCGCUCCGAGCAUUGGAGGGCUUUGGCGAGGGCGUGACAUUCCCAGCUAUGAUGGCGAUGUGGGGCCGCUGGGCUCCCCCUCUGGAGCGCUCCCGCCUGACGACCCUGUCUGGAUCUGGGUCCAGCUUUGGGGCCUUUUUGGCUCUGCCACUGACGGGUUACAUCUGCGAACAGCUGGGCUGGCCUGCUGUUUUCUACAUCUGUGGGGGGGCAGGCUGCCUCUGGGCCGUCCUGUGGUUUGCGUUCGCAUCAGAUGACCCUCGUACUCAUCGCCGAAUCAGCGAAGAAGAGAGAGAUUACAUUAUAAACUCCAUUGGGCCUCAGGUCUGGUCCUGCCCGCGGUCUUCCUCAUGGCUGUCACUUAUGCCGGCUGUGACCACGUCCUCACGGUCACCUUCUUCACACUCUCCUCUUCCUUAGGGGGGAUCAGCGCCCCCGGAGUGUACAUAAACCAAAUAGACAUAGCUCCUCGGUAUGCAGGAUUUCUUCUGGGAAUUACAAACACGUUUGGUACAAUUCCAGGCGUUUUGGCGCCUAUUGUGACAGGAUACUUCACAGAAGAUCACUCUCUGGCGGGCUGGAGGAAAGUCUUCUGGGUCGCUGCAGGGAUCAACCUCGCCGGCGCCAUCAUUUACUUGCUCCUGGGCACCGCGGACAUCCAGCCGUGGGCCAACACUGACGAGGAGCACGUGCAACCGCAGAAAAGGAGGAGCGGCUCCAUUUCCUGAUAGAACUUCAAACCACAGAGUGUCUUGUUCAAGCAGAAACCUGAGCUCUACCUCUUCAUCAAUUACGGACUGUGUUCAUCUGAUACUCAUCAUUAGGAUCUAAAGGAAACUUUUCUGUUCUGGGAAACAAAAUCUUUACUUUUUUUUCCCCAUGUUUGUUACAUUUACACUAUUUUAUGGUAAUCUGAAAAAAAAAAUCAUCACACUAAAAAACAACAUCCUCUCCACCAGUUUUAAUUCAAAUUACUAAAAUAGCACUCUAAAGAAACCAAAUACCUCAAGGUUUGCAAAAUAUUAGCUUAAAUUGGAACAUUUAAAGGAAAAAAAAGCUAGAACUUAUUAGCCUUUGUAAUGCACAUGUCUGAUGUUCUGCAUGGCAUUAACACUAACAUGAACCAACCUUUCAACGGAUGAAUAUAUGAAAUGUAUCUUCAUAUUUAUUGCUCUGCCAUUUCUUCCUGUAUGGAUGCAAGCACCUCCUUUAGGUUGGUUUCUCCUUCUAAACAUUUGACAUUUCAUUUUCAGCUAAACUUAUUUUGAAAAACUCAACUUGUUUUGCAUAAAGCAUCAUAUAGAUAUAGUGUAAUUUCAGAAUAUGUUUUCUUCUUUACUCUGAAGCCUGAAAGGCUUAAGAUUCUUUUUUUUAUUGUCAUGACAACUCUGUGGGAACUUUGCUGUUAUUUUGUGACUGAUAACCUGUGAUUUUUGCACUGUUUAAUGUGCAGUUUCUCAGGUGAAACCAAAACAAAAAAAGUGCAAUUUUAUGUUGAGUUUUUAGAACUCAAAUCCUAAAACUUAGAGUGAGUAGACUCUAAGUUUUUACAUGUAAUUUAUCUAAUUUAGAUAGAUGUACUGUAUUGAACCCAUGAAAAAAACUUUAGACCAUGUGUGUCCACUUUGUUUAUAAGUGUUUGUUUCUGACCUUCUAUAUAAUGUUCUUUAGGACCAAAAGAAGAAGCACUUAUGACUUCUGCAAAUGAACCAAAUGCCUUAUAUUCAACAGGCGUUUCAUUAACCUGUGCAACAAUAUAUCCGAUGAGAUUUGUGUUACCUAAUGCACUUUCAGCUUCUGGUAUGAUGACUUUCUUUGAAACAGAUUUGUGGUGUUUCUCAUGUAUGAUUGCACUGGACAGUCAUUAUGUGGCCUUAAUUAAACCUAUUUUUUUCUUACCACAA